AAAAAAAAAAAAUAUAUACAUAUAUUUUAUUUAGUUAAUCUACAUACUCUCCAUCAGUAAGAAAAGAGUGGAAGAAGAAGGCUUCUUCUUUAUAACGUAUCUAGUAAUUUGAGAAGAUGUCGAACAUUUAUAGCCAUAGACAGCUUGUACCAGGUGGUGGAGCUGGGUCAAAUCGUGUUAAUGAGCUUAUUGAUGCUCUAAAACAAGAAUUUGAUAACCUUCAGCAAGAAGCUGCGAUGUAUAAAAUGCAACGUGAUGACCUUGAACAUAAAGUGCAGCAACAAACUGAUGAGGUUAAUCUUAUCCGCCAAGGAUUAUAUGAUUUACAAGCCACACAGAAAAAUAUGAAAGUUCAAUAUGAUAAUGAAAUACGCGCUCUUCAGCGUGAUAUGGAUCCACAGAGAAUUCAUCAUUCUUCUAGUUCUCAUGCUGCACCACCACCAUCACAUCCCCAACCACCACCGCCAACUAUCGGUCAAGGUCAAAACAAUAUAUUUGGUGCGAUUAUGAGCGGUGGAGGCGGCGGGAAUCAGGUUCUUGUCGCUCCACCUCAAAUGAUGGAUCAACCUCCGCCAGGUGGGCAGUCGGGUCAUCCAGGCGGUUAUCCCGGUCCAAACGGUCCACCACAAAGUGUUCCUCAGUCUGGCGGUAGUUCCGCACAAUCUCCUUAUUUGAAUGGUAGUGGUCCAGCACCUUUAUCACAGCAGCAACAUGGACCUAAACGACAGCGAAUGGAAGACGGUCCGCCACAGAAUAUGGGACUUCCACCUAAUUCUCAACAACCUCCUUCAAGUUUGUAUAAUAGUAACGGAAUGCCACCACAAGGUCCACCAGGUCAACAAUCACUAAGUCAAGGCGGAUAUAUGAAUGUCGGUCAAAGUAGUAAACCUGUUAGCAAGAUGCCCAAGCCGAUGAAUUCAAUAUCGCAGAUUCCUCAGAAUAUUUCCGAAGGACCUCAAAGUUCUGGAGUUCCUCCUACUGGUAAUGCACCACCAUCUUCUGGUCCUCAAUCAAAUAAACGUAAAAACAAUCCUAAUAUGGGCGCUCAAUUACCGCCCGGUAAUCGUACACCUAUUAAACAAGGUCCUCUCAGUAGCGCUCAAUCUGGACUAGGCGACAUGGAUCCCGAAAAUGUUCCCGCACAGCUAAAAAAGGAAGGCAGCGAUUGGUUCGCAAUCUUCAACCCUAAAGUGCAACGCGUACUUGAUGUCGAGUUAUUCCACACGUUAGAUCAUAAUAGUGUCGUUUGCUGUGUAAAAUUUAGUGGCGAUGGAAAAUAUCUUGCUACGGGCUGUAAUAGAAUCGCACAGAUUUAUGAUGUUCAUAACGGUCAAAAAAUUUGUGUUUUGGAUGACACAAGUGUUGAUAAAACUGGUGAUUUAUACAUCCGAAGUGUUUGCUUUAGUCCUGACGGAAAACAUUUGGCAACUGGUGCUGAAGACAAACAAAUAAGAAUCUGGGACAUUCGUAGUCAAACUAUCAGUAAAUUAUUUCCUGGUCAUGAACAAGAUAUAUACUCACUUGAUUUUUCACGUGAUGGCCGUUUCAUUGUUUCUGGGUCAGGUGAUAAAACAGCCAGAGUAUGGGAUAUGGUAUCCGGGGAACUACUGUAUAAACUUGCAAUUGAUGAACCCAGUCAAAAAGAUGCCGGUGUUACCAGUGUCGCCAUAAGCCCCGAUGCUCUUUAUGUUGCUGCAGGUUCAUUAGACAAAAUAGUGCGUGUAUGGGACACACGAACAGGAAUUCUUCUUGAAAGAUUAGAAGGUCAUAAAGAUAGUGUUUAUUCUGUAGCAUUCUCACCCGAUGGUAAGACAUUGGUAUCCGGUAGUUUAGAUAAGACUCUAAAAUUGUGGGAUAUGAGCCAUUGUGGAAGAAAUAACAGUAGUCAAAAGAACCAGGCAAAAACAACGCUUAAUGGACACAAGGAUUUCGUACUAUCAGUAGCAGUUUCACCUGAUGGACGUUGGGUAGUAUCUGGAUCAAAGGAUCGAGGAGUACAGUUCUGGGAUCCUAUCACAGCUCAAACACAAUUUAUGUUACAAGGACAUAAAAAUUCAGUGAUUUCGGUAGCUUUAAGUCCAACGGGCAAACUUUUCGCCACUGGCUCUGGCGAUUGUCGAGCAAGACUAUGGCGGUAUUAUGAUGAAAUGUAGCUACGAUAAUGUUAUUUUAAAGACAGAAUUUCUAAAUACACAUAAUAGUUUUUAUAAAUAGCAAAUACUCAUAAUUUUAUUAUAUUUUUCUUUUGUUAAAUAUUUGCUUUCUUUAUGCAUAAUCGUUUUUUUUUUGAUUGUUACAUUUAUUUUUGGUAUUGUUUAUGUAGGAAAAAAGUGCAGUGAAGAAGAA